CAAGCAUAGUUCUGGUGAAUUUCGACGAAAUGAUAUGGAUUCAACUGCUGCAGAUAUUGUCAGAACGAGAUCGAGUGCUUUAGAAAAUAGCAUAACAACAACAAAUGGAUUCUCCGAGAGUCAAAAGGUCGCUGCCGAUUUGAACCCUAGUCCAGGGUCACCACGAAAAAAGAAGAGCUCAAUUAGUCUUCGUGGAACUUCCAGAGCGAUCUUAUGCGCAACAAAGUUCAAAAGAGCCACAAACAGGGACUCAAAGACACCGAACGGUUCACCAUUGCCAGAUAAAAGGCAGAUCGAGGAUAUUAUUGCGAAAGGUGAUACAACUGCAAAGGUUGAGAGUCGAGAUCAACAGAGCGAAAGACGUAAAGAUACCAUCGGAAUUACACGGAACGAGUCGGUCGAGAAACGAUCUCCAAACACCCGACGACGACGAUUCCGAACGGACGGAAGACUUCGGAAGGGUGGGAUUCACACGAGCAUGCUCAGUGUGGCUAGCAACGCAUGUAUGACAGACUCGGAAAUGGAAGACACGGUCAGCAUUUACAGUGAAGUGGACUCGCUCGACGAUGAAAGAGGAACACGAGGAAGGCGAUGGGAAAGUUUCUAUAGCAACAUCAGUGCUGACAGUGGCUCCGCCCAUCUGUUUGAAUUCGAAACGGAUUCCAAUGCAACUGAGUUUGAUGAAGUGUUCGAUGACCAGGAAUCUGAAGAUGAGCAUCCCAAAAGUGAAGCAGAAGUGGAACGCACUGACAGUGGUGUCGGAGGUGACAUGGGCCAGAGUCCCUUGAGGCGCUCGUGGGAGGAGAUUGUCAUGAAGAGCUCAGAACACUGGUCCGUUGUAGCUGCCUCCGCCCGGCACUGGCAAGAAUUGGCCCGCAGAAAGAAAGGUAACGAGGGCGAGGCGACUACAGUGAAGAAAAGAAGCUCAGUGCAUUCUAUUACAGAGGAUAUGGUUGAAUGUCCGGGCUGUUUGAAAUACUAUGUUCCGCCGAAAGAAGAAGACAAAGGGGAAGUCGACGCCAAUGAGCCGGAGAUUUGCGGAAAAUGCAAGGACAGAAAAGUGGAGAGGAAGGAAGCCAUUAUCGAGCUGGUCCAGACUGAAAUCAACUAUGGCAAUGAUUUGCAGAUAUUGAAAGAGGAAUUCUACUUGCCAAUGCAGUCCGGAGGAAUUUUAAGUCCCGAGCACCUAGCUGCAAUCUUCCUCAACCUGCAGGAAUUGCUGGAAGUGAAUUCAAAGUUUUGUGCUAAACUGCAGAAAAGUCUGGAGGAAUCGGUGGCAAACGGUGAUGAGGAGUUUUCUAACGUUAAUGUGGGAAGCAUUUUCCUUGAAAGUGUUGACUUUUUCCAGGCGUACGAAAUCUACUGUUCAAAACAGACUGCAGCCUCUGCCUUAUUGGAAUCCCUUCAGAAGAAAACAGAACUGCUAAGAAUCUUUCUAAACGUAACGAAUUACAAUGUACAUGCACUUCCCUUUCAGCGCACUACAAUUGUUCGGGAAAACCUCCUUAACUCGGAUAAAUUAAAGCACGAUUUUAAAACAUUAGAAACUGGUCAUUGGGUCAGUGAGCUUCAGAGAGCCCAAUCUCGUCAUUUUGGAGCUGGACCCGUCUCGAUACUCACAAAUUCAAACGGCGAUAUAUUUGCUAAUCAUAAUGAGCUGUAG